AUGGAUGAAGUUGUUUCCGUGUUUCCGAGUGAAAAGAAACAGCUUCAUACGACAAGAUCAUGGGAUUUUAUGGGUUUCUUCCAACAAGCUCGAAGAUCGAGCUUGGAGACCGAUUUGGUCAUCGGAAUGUUGGAUACUGGGAUUUGGCCGGAAUCUGAAAGCUUUUCCGAUGAAGGGUUUGGUCCACCGCCGCCAAAAUGGAAAGGCGAAUGCCAACCCGCUUCUAACUUCACCUGCAACAAUAAAAUAAUCGGAGCUCGAUUCUUCCGGAGCGAGCCUCUCGGCGAAGGCGAUAUUCUUUCUCCCAGGGAUACAGAAGGCCAUGGAACCCACACCUCAUCUACUGCCGGCGGCAAUUUGGUCUCCGGCGCCAGCCUCUUCGGCCUUGGUCUCGGCACCGCACGGGGUGGCACUCCCUCUGCCCGCAUCGCCGUCUACAAGAUCUGCUGGUCCGAUGGUUGCUUCGACGCCGAUAUCCUCGCGGCUUUCGACAAUGCAAUCGCCGAUGGCGUGGAUAUCAUCUCUCUUUCCGUCGGAGGCUUUAUUGCCAAGGAUUACUUCAACGAUUCAAUUGCGAUUGGGGCUUUUCACGCCAUGAAGAAUGGGAUUCUGACUUCAAAUUCCGGUGGGAACUCUGGCCCUAGCCUUGGCAGUAUCACGAAUGUUUCUCCAUGGUCGCUAUCGGUGGCUGCUAGUACCAUCGAUAGGAAGUUUGUGACCAAUGUGAAAUUGGGUAAUGGAGAAUCUUCUCAGGGGAUCUCUGUGAACACCUUCCAACUUGGAGAUAAGUUGAUUCCACUUAUAUAUGCUGGUGAUGCUCCUAAUACAACUGCCGGUUUCAAUGAAUCAUUAUCAAGGUUCUGCUUCCCAGGGUCUUUGGACGUGAACCAAGUUGAGGGAAAGAUUGUUCUUUGCGAUGAGAUUGGUGAUGGGGAGGGAGCUCUGAGUAGCGGUGCGGUUGGUACAAUAAUGCAAGAUGGUGGUCUCCAAGAUGCCGCCUUUCUUUUCCCCCUGCCCGCUUCCGUGUUAGACUUGAACGCUGGAAACAAUGUUUUCCAGUACCUGAGAUCAACCAGCAAUCCGGAAGCCACCAUAGAAAAGAGUACCACAAUUGAGGAUAUGUCAGCUCCAUCUGUUGUUUCCUUCUCAUCAAGGGGUCCUAACCUAAUUACACUAGACAUUCUCAAGCCUGAUUUGGCAGCACCAGGAGUAGAUAUAGUAGCAUCUUGGUCUGAAGGUACAACAAUUGGAGGAUUAGAAGGGGAUAACCGAGUAUCUCCAUUUAACAUAAUCUCUGGCACAUCCAUGGCUUGCCCACAUGCGACAGGAGCCGCUGCCUAUGUCAAAUCAUUCCACCCAACUUGGUCUCCAGCUGCUAUUAAGUCUGCACUUAUGACAACAGGUAAUAGUUUGAGCUUAAUUGUUUAUCUUACAGCUUUUCCCAUGGCUCCAAAGUUAAACACGGAUGCUGAGUUUGCAUAUGGAGCAGGUCACAUAAACCCAGUGAAUGCCAUAAACCCCGGUUUAGUGUAUGAUGCAGAGGAGAUUGAUUACAUAAAGUUCUUAUGUGGGCAAGGAUAUAGUACUCAAAAUCUUCGCCUUGUUACCGGAGACGAAAGCAACUGCUCAGAUGUUACAAAAACAGCUGCAUCAGAUCUAAAUUAUCCGUCUUUUGGACUAUUAAUGAAGUCCCAAAAAUUGAAUACUCGUGUCUACCACAGGACUGUCACAAACGUGGGGGUGCCAGUGUCGACAUAUAAAGCAGUUAUUCGAGCUCCGCCUGGGCUGGAAGUUACAGUACGUCCUGCUACUCUUUCUUUCCGUUCUCUUGGACAAAAGAUGUCGUUCACUGUGAGGGUUAAAGCAAAGACUGGUGGGAAUAUUCUUUCUGGUAGCUUAAGCUGGGAGGAUGGAGUGCAUCUGGUGAGGAGCCCCAUUGUUGCAUUUGCUAUUCCAUCAUGAGACCUUCAUGUGCUUAUUUACUAUUGUUGGGAAAGCCCCUUAAUUUCCUUCUGCUUUAGGUGCUUUGAUGAUUCCAUCAAUAAAAAAUGUUCAUUAUGUUUUCAAUGAAUUUGCAAAUAGGCCUGCAUAGCUGCUUUCACAAAAGAGGCCUCCACAGUGGGCGUAGAAAUUUGAAAUUUUUUAUACCAA